AUGGCAAGACAUUAUAUACACUCCUGCAUUUUGCUUUUUCACUUAAUGUUUAUUAGCUACCCUUCUGAAACAUUCCAUCUGUUCUUCCUCAUUCUUUUUCACAGCUGUUUGUUUACUGUUCUGUUCUAUGGAUGUUCCAUAAUGUAUUUAAACAGUUUGAAAUACAUUUGUUCUAAACAUUUCUAUUCUGUGUCAAUGGCUUGUUUCUUCUCAGGUUGUUUCUGUGACUCUACUGUGGGUGCUGCUGAAAAAGUAACACGGAUUUUAAUUAACUGUAUCAUGGAAGGCUCUUCAAAAACCUUUAAAACUUAA